AUGGCUCUGUUGUACAGAUUCGCGCAGCUACCAGAUCGCGGUGGCACGCGGGUCUUCUCUUUUGUGGUAACACGAAGCGUUGUACGGGAUCCCGAGAGAGAUGUCACCAGCAAGGAGCUUGUUUGCGGAUUUCAAAAAUGGGCUGUAGCGUUUUCAAGAGGGGACAAGGUAUUAGGAGUGUACCUAGUAUGGCGAGGAGCAGCUCCAGGUCUGCGAGUCUACGUGGACUUUACAUUCACCCUUCUAAACCGCGAGCAUUUUUCGGUAAACGAAGGAUUCUCUGGGAAGCGAGUAAAGUUUACCUACGAUGCACCAGCUCAAGGGAAUCGCAAUUACAUACCCGUAUCGGAUUUGUACAGCAGAAACUUUGCGGACACCAACGGAGAGUUUCAAUUGGAGCUCUCGAUGGCAAACGUCAGAACGGUGUUUUCAGCAGAGGUUCGACUACCCACAGGAAUGUUUACAACCGGGCAAGCAAAACCCAACAAACUGGAGACAACUUACUUCACUUUCGGCGGAUUCGACUGGAACCUGGCGGUUUAUCCCCAAGGCAACAAAGAAGACGAGCCACGUUCAGAGGGUAAGUUGAGCGUUUACCUGAUCCGUCUGACGGGUUUCGACCACCCUUGUCGAGUGAGAUACAGCAUGGUGCUGGGCGAGGGAGAGCGAAGAAUCGAGUCAGGUCAAAUCGACGACCUGUCAGAUGCAGAGGGCCGAGGUUACGGUUGGCACACCCGCGUCCGUUGGUCAGACAUCGCUCACAAGGGUAUGUUGCGUGUGUCUUUAGAGAUGAUUGAAGCACGGACAUUUUCUGAGGUCGCGGUCCAGGCUCUGGGACCAACAGUGCUUCCAGCAGCGCCUUGCUACGACCGCGAUAAGCAAGCCUGGGCAGUGCGCGCGGACUUGCACUCUGACACUGUCAGGUUCCAUUUAGUCUACAAAGACAUCCACAACGUUCCGAGGAACCAUUUGAGGUACAUCUGCUGGUCCGCGUACUUAAUACGCGGGGACGACCCGGACGCGGAGACGAUUCUCCUGCCAGGAGCCCCAUUUAGCCGGUACUAUUCUCAGGAGGCAGCUGACGAGGGUAUAAUUAUGGAAACGAGGCUCGGCGUUAAUGAAGUUAACGACGACCACUGUCCUUUUCUCACAAACAAGGGUCAGCUGAAGGUCAGGCUCGAGUGGAAUGAAAGCCAUUUGCUCUUCCAGGCCACUUACCACAAGUACGACGACGUUUGCCGGGUCCAUAACCAGCAGAUGCGACGUGAAAUAGCCGCUCUACAAGCCGAGAACUACAGCUUGGAGCGACAACUAUUCAGCUACCAGAAAAGUCUCGCGUACGCUCAAGCCCAGCAGCAGGAAGAGGUCCAAGGGAGGCCGCCACCCACCACCCAGCACUCAACCCAUGCUGGCGCUUUGGAAAGGUCCGCCUCAACUGACACCGAAUACGCCUGA